AUGGCUGACCAACACGAGGUCGAUCUCGAUUCUAUAAUUGACCGGCUGCUCGAGGUCCGAGGUAGCCGGCCUGGAAAGCAGGUCCAGCUUCUCGAGACUGAGAUUCGCUUCCUCUGCACCAAGGCUCGCGAGAUUUUCAUUUCUCAGCCCAUCCUCCUCGAGUUGGAGGCUCCCAUCAAGAUUUGCGGUGAUAUUCACGGCCAAUACUAUGAUCUUCUGCGUCUGUUUGAGUAUGGCGGCUUCCCCCCUGAAGCCAACUACCUCUUCCUAGGUGACUACGUCGACCGUGGCAAGCAGUCUCUCGAGACCAUCUGCCUUCUCCUCGCCUACAAGAUCAAGUAUCCCGAGAACUUCUUCAUUCUCCGUGGCAACCACGAGUGCGCCUCCAUCAACCGUAUCUACGGCUUCUACGAUGAGUGCAAGCGGCGCUACAACAUUAAGCUUUGGAAGACAUUUACCGAUUGCUUCAACUGCUUACCCAUUGCCGCCAUCAUUGACGAGAAGAUCUUCACCAUGCACGGAGGUCUCAGCCCCGAUCUGAACUCGAUGGAGCAGAUUCGUCGCGUCAUGCGCCCCACUGAUAUCCCCGAUUGUGGACUGCUGUGUGAUCUCCUGUGGUCCGAUCCCGACAAGGACAUUACCGGCUGGAGCGAAAACGACCGUGGUGUGUCAUUCACCUUUGGUCCAGACGUGGUGUCUCGUUUCCUGCAGAAGCACGACAUGGACCUCAUCUGCCGUGCUCACCAGGUCGUCGAAGAUGGCUACGAAUUCUUCUCCAAGCGUCAACUCGUCACGCUGUUUAGUGCACCCAACUACUGUGGCGAGUUCGACAAUGCAGGUGCCAUGAUGAGCGUGGACGAGAGUUUGCUCUGCUCAUUCCAGAUUCUCAAGCCUGCUGAGAAGAAACAAAAGUUCGGACGGCGUUAA